GGUGACGUGAGAAAAGUGUAUUGCAGUGCAGACUCAUAUGAUCAUGGCACCCUUUGGUCGACUAGCCCUGCAAUAUCUUGCAAUGCUAGUCUUGGUGUACAGCCUGCAAGCAGUUUGUAAUGCUCAGGCGACUAGAACCAUGGUAGAAGACCAGCAAGGUCAACUGAAUGCUGCCCUAGAGGGGCAGAUGGUGGAUGGCAGAACUGACCAGCUCCAGUCACUAUCAGGUUCUGAGAGAUAUAGUGACAGCGCCAUGUCAUAUUUGAACCGCACUAAUUCGUCCGGCCCCAGAGACGGUAGCCAGGAGUCGCGGUGGAAAGCUGUGCCCGAUUAUGUGCGGCAUCUGUACGAUUCCAUUGCGGACGAUCGCGGUUUUGUUAUCAACGCAAAUAGUCGUCUGGUGCAGAACUCUACGGCCAUCUGGACAUUUCCUAACAAGCUGAAAGGUCGUGACCAGGAGUUCACUCAUCGCCUCUCAUUCACCAUGCACGCCCUCUUUCAGCCCAAGAAGCCGGCCGAAGCGCAGCCCGAAGUAGAGAGCGCCUUCCUGCGGCUCUACCGCAAGCCGCUCACCGCAUCAGGCACAGGGGGCCAGCGCGGGGCCAGGCGGCGACGUGGCGCGGGCACGCCCGCCGGUGGUGGGGAUCGUGUACGCGUCACAGUCAGUUAUCAUGCUACGCGACGUUCGCCGGCCUCACCGGUGAAGCGCGUCACAAUGCUGCAGGACAAGCACGGCUGGGAGACGGUCGACCUGACCGAGUUUCUCCGAUCGCUGCAGAACAGGACACGACGACGCCGCCGCCUCAGCUUGAGUGUAGAGAUUGAGAGCAUUGGAAUGAGGCGAAGUAACGUAAAUUCACCCAGUGCAUCUGGUGAAUCAUCCUACCAUGCCAGAGACAUGUUUGAUCUGAGCAGCAAGGACCCCAGCACCAUGCCUCUCCUCACUGUAUUCCUGAAGAACAAAACUGGUCAGAUAGAAGAGCUCAUGCCCUUCUUCAGUGCCAUGACUCAGCGGAGACUCAAGCGCAGCUCGCUGGACAGAAGACAGUCGCGACGUCCAACUCGGCGUCGCUACCGCGGUUACUGCCAGAUGCAGGAGAUGGAGAUCGACUUCGCCGACGACCUUAAGUGGAAGGAGAUCCUGACGCCGCGCCUCAUCCGGCCCAACGACUGCGUGGGCAGUUGCGCAAUACCGGUUGGCGAGGUGAAGAACAACGGCGUGCUGCGUCACUGGUACUGGGAGACGUCCACUAAGGAAGAGGUGUCGCCGCUCAGCUGCAUCCCGACACGGUUUGCAUCGGUGACCAUGCUGUCAUACGUGGAUGGCGUGUAUGAGGUGCUGCCUUUCAAGGACAUGGUGGCCGUCGAGUGUGGAUGCGCAUGAUCUUCUGCCGGCGAGUCAUAAUAUUAUGACCUCACUCAAUACAGAGUGUUGUAUGUCGCUGGGCCUGGCGAAGUAGGCCAGAAAUAAUAGAUGUCACGACUCACACAAUAACAGCAACAGAUGCAGCUAUGUUGCUUGGCCAGUUGGCACAAACAGUGGACGGGGAGCUGCUGCCCUGGCGUGCGCCAGAUCAGACCCAUUCUCCGCCUUUUUUUUCUUUCAAUUGAGACUAAUGUACUUUCUUAUAUCUUGCUCAUACUUAUUGUUCAGUUAGUUCCCAUAAUGGCAUGCAGCAUGCACGGUAUGAUCUGUGCUGGCCAUUUCACUAGCCGUGAAACAAGAAUGAGUACUGUACUGGUUUGUACACACAUUAAUUUAGUAGAACAAAACAAUAUGCCAUGAUUGUAGCCUUCAACACCAAUGAUAUAAUAAUUAUCAUAGCUUGCGGCUUGUAGCGGAUCCUGUUUCCCUACUGAGAGAUUUACUUAUUAUUCUAGUAACACCUAUGGGAGGAAGCAUGGGCACAGGAAACAUUGUAACUGGUAAUCACAAACUCCAUUGGAGCAAUAACGCUUGCUGAAUACUGAAAUACAUUCAUAAUAAUUAUACACAAUGCCAUGUACAGCAUCUGCCUAACUCGAGCUCUAUAAGUAUUACUGUCUGCAGAAUCCAAGGUACUAUCAUGAUGAUUAUUUCAAACAACUGGACAGGACAAAUAGAGUAACCAUCCCUGCUCAAAAGCACUGUGCACAUUGUACAGAUGUACGAAGCAAAAUGCUGUGCAGAGCCCACCACCCGCCUCAAGACACGCACAUCCACACACACACAGACACACACACACACACACAUGCACACACAUACACACACGCACACACAUGCACACAC